AGUGAUGUUUCGGAAAAAGUAGAGUUGCAGUCAGCGGAUUUUAAGCGGUAUAAUGCCACAGAUGUGUUGGUUUUUUUUUUCUCUCGCUUGUUUAACCCACUUUACCCAGGCUGGCUGGUGAGUACUUCGUGUCUCUGAGUCAUGCGUGAGGCUGGGCUCCGGUAUCCACUCCUCUCUCCUCCUCACAUCUGUGCAGUUUCCCCUGAGAUCUCCCUCUCUCUCUACGGAAUAUGAAUCUCUCUGUCUUUAUUACAUAAAUUUGGACUUAAAAAUGCUGCGGGUUGUGGUUGAAUCCGCAAGUGGGAUACCCAAGAAAAAACUUGGAAAUCCAGAUCCCAUUGCUGCUGUUGUCUUCAGAGGGGAAAAGAAGAAAACCAAAGCAGUUGACAAUGAACUGAAUCCUGUUUGGAAUGAAGUGCUUGAAUUUGAUUUAAAAGGCUCUUCCCUGGAUGCAUCUUCAUUCAUCAACGUGGUUGUCAAAGACUAUGAAACAAUCGGCAAAGACAAAUUAAUUGGUUCGGCAAAAAUCUCGCUGAGAGACUUGGCCAGUGGUCAAGUGAAAUCUCUCCCAUCCAAGAAUGUGCCUUUGAUCAAUGAGAAACAACAGCCUACUGGGGCAGCAAUCAAUUUGCUCAUUGGGUAUGAACCACCUCCCAAUGCAACUCCGGAUCUCAAUGAUCAACCUGAUGGAGACGUAUCUCACGUGGAUGCUGGUGGCAGUGAUGAGGGCGACGAAGGGGAGGCAGAUGCAGAUGGAGGGUUUCAGGGUGGAGGUCCCGGAGCUUCGACCUCACCAAACCAGCCUGGAAAACCUGGCCACAAGCCAGUCCGUAUCAGCCGAAAGAAAACUAGAGCCUUGGCCAAUAAGCCUCAGGACUUCCAGAUCCGUAUCAGGGUUAUCGAGGCUCGACAGCUGCCUGGAAACAAUGUUAAGCCAGUGGUAAAGGUGAACGUGUGUGGACAGACCCACAGGACAAGGAUCAGAAGAGGGAAUAAUCCUUUUUUUGAUGAGAUGUUUUUCUACAAUGUCAACAUGCUCCCCUCAGAACUGUUUGAUGAGAGCAUCAGUCUACGGGUUUAUGACUCUUACUCUCUAAGAUCUGAUAGUCUAAUGGGAGAGUUCAAGCUGGAUGUUGGAUACGUUUAUGAUGAACCAGGUCAUGCCAUAAUGAGGAAAUGGCUCCUUCUGAGUGACGCUGAUGACUCCAGCUCUGGGGCCAGAGGCUACCUGAAAGUCAGCAUAUUUGUUGUGGGUACUGGAGAUGAGCCACCGACUGAGCGGAGAGAUAAAAGUGACGAGCAGGAUGACAUUGAAAGCAAUCUUUUGUUGCCAGCUGGCGUCACAAUGCGAUGGGCGACACUCAGCCUCAAAGUCUAUCGUGCAGAGGAUAUGCCGCAGAUGGAUGAUGCCUUUGUUCAGGCAGUGAAACAAGUCUUUGGAGGGGAGGGAGACAGGAAAAACUUGGUGGAUCCAUACUUGGAAGUCAGCUUUGCUGGCAAAAAGCUGUGCACAAAAAUCAUCGAGAAAAAUGCCAAUCCAGAGUGGAAUCAAAUCAUCAACUUACAAGUCAAGUUCCCAUCCAUGUGUGAAUGCAUCAAACUGACUCUGUAUGACUGGGAUCGUCUGACCAAAAAUGAUGCCAUUGGAACAACAUUUUUAAAUUUAAGCACAAUGUCUUCCUCUGGUGGAGAAAUUGAAGAUGCACGGGCUGAUAACAACUCAGUGUCUGAUGUGAGCACUGCAGCAUCUGAGGUCGGUUUCCUCCCGGCAUUUGGGCCUUGCUACGUCAACCUGUAUGGUAGUCCAAGAGAAUUUACCGGCCUCCCUGACCCCUAUGAGGAACUUAACUUUGGAAAGGGUGAAGGUGUGGCCUACAGGGGUAGGGUCUUUGUUGAGCUGUCUACUCAGCUGGAUGGAAAGGUGGAUAAGAACCUCGAUGACAUCUCCAACGAUGACAUCCUGGUUGCACAGAAAUACCAGAGGAAGAGGAAGUACUGUCUGUGCGCUGUGUUUCAUAGCGCGUGUAUGCUCCAGGAGCCUGGGGAGCCAAUCCAGUUCGAGGUCAGCAUGGGUAACUAUGGUAACAAGCUGGACUCCACCUGCAAGCCCCUGUCAUCCACCACUCAGUACAGUUUUGCUGUUUUUGAUGGUAAUCACUACUAUUACCUGCCCUGGGCUGACACUAAGCCUGUGGUGACUCUCACGUCAUACUGGGAAGACGUUAGCCACCGUCAGGACUCUGUUAAUGUUCUCCUCUUUAUUGCAGAGAGACUGGAAUCCCAUCUCACCUCUUUAAAGACAGCCAUCCUUGCCAAAAUGCCUGACACACGUCUGGCAGAGAUCUGGCUAAAACUCAUCGAUCACCUGAUUGAUGACCUGAAUAGUUUCCAGCUUCCGGAUCCAGAGGGCAAGCCCAAUGUGACCGCUCUGGACCUUCAAAUGAAAAAGUUGCGAGAUGCUGCUGUUGAGGGUAUCAGACGGAUGGCAGGCCAAAUGAGAGACGAGGCCACAGAUGUCAAAGCUACUGUGGGCGACAUUGAAGAUUGGGUGGACAGAAUCAAGCAGCUGGCUGAGGAGCCUCAAAACAGCAUGCCAGAUGUGAUCAUCUGGAUGUUAAGAGGAGAGAAACGGGUGGCUUUUGCCCGAAUCCCAGCAAACCAGAUCCUGUACUCCAACUUCAGUGAGCAGGCUUGUGGCAAACACUGCGGACAGACCCAGACAAUCUUCAUGCAGUACCCAAUGGACAAAAACAAGGGUGUUAAGAUCCCUGUUCAACUUCGAGUCAACAUGUGGCUGGGCCUCUCCACUCAGGAGAAGAAAUUCAACAGCUUCUCAGAGGGAAACUUCAGUGUUUAUGCUGAAAUGUAUGAGAACCAGGCCCAGGUCUUUGGGAAGUGGGGAACUCAUGGCCUGGUGGGUCGGCACAAGUUUUCAGAUGUGACCGGAAAGGUGAAACUUAAACAGGAACGCUUUCUGCCACCACGCGGUUGGGAAUGGGAUGAGGACUGGUUUGUUGACCCUGAGCGAUGCUUGUUGACAGAAGCAGACGCCGGCCACACAGAGUUCACAGAUGAAGUUUUUCAGAAUGAAACACGAUUCCCUGGAGGGGAGUGGAAGCCGGCAGCAGAGCCCUACACAGACGUGAAUGGAGAAAAAGCUCAAAGCCCAGGAGAGUUUGAGAGUCCACCUGGCUGGACCUGGGAGGAUAAUUGGAGCUUUGACAGCAACAGAGCUGUUGAUGAGAAUGGUUGGGAAUACGGAGUUACCAUUCCUCCUGACGACAAGCCCAAAUCCUGGGCUGCAGCAGAGAAAAUGUACCAUGUCCAUCGCAGGAAGAGACUUGUGAGACCGAGAAGAAAGACAUCUGAGAAAACAGCUGCUACUGAGAGGAGAGAACCUGGAGAAGGCUGGGAAUACUCGUCCCUCAUUGGCUGGAAGUUUCACAGGAAGGAGCGCUCCUCUGACACAUUCAGGCGACGCCGCUGGAGAAGAAAAAUGGUCCCAUCAGACUGCAUUGGGGCCUCUGCAAUUUUCAGAUUGGAAGGGGCAUUAGGUGUUGAUGUUGAUGAAAAGGCCAGUAAAGCAGGGGCAGCCAAAGCAUUUGGUGCCAACACCCCCACAGUUUCCUGCCACUUUAGCCGGUCUUACCGUUACCAUUUGAGAGUGUACGUGUAUCAGGCAAGGAAUCUCUGUGCAAUGGACAAGGACAGCUUUUCAGAUCCAUAUGCCCAUGUAUCAUUCCUUCAUGUGAGUAAGACCACAGAAGUCAUAAGGACUACCCUGAAUCCCACAUGGGAUCAAACCCUCAUCUUUGAGGACAUUGAAAUCUACGGAGACCCACAAACUAUUGCGCACAACCCUCCUGAUGUGGUGUUGGAGCUGUAUGACAGUGAUCAAGUGGGUAAAGAUGAACCUAUGGGUCGCUGUACCUGCCCACCAGUGGUUAAGCUGAACCCCAGUGUGGCUGUUAGCCCAAAGCUGCUGUGGUUUCCAGUCACCAAAAAGGGUCGCAAUGCUGGAGAGGUGCUGCUGGCUGCAGAACUCAUUCUGAAGGAGAAGGUGGAUGAUGGAGAUCUGCCUCUGGUUCCUCCUCGAAGAGGAGAGACGCUGUACAUGGUCCCCCAGGGAAUCAGGCCUGUUGUGCAGCUCACCGCUAUUGAGGUCUUGACUUGGGGCUUGAGGAACAUGAAGACCUACCAACUGGCCACUGUUUCCUCCCCCAGUCUGGUUGUUGAAUGUGGUGGUGAGAUUGCUCAAACAGCUGUCAUCAAGAACUUCAAAAAGAACCCAAACUUCCCUGGAUCUGUGCUGACACUGAAAGUGCUUCUUCCCAAAGAGGAGAUGUACACCCCUCCCAUUGUGCUGAAGGUUAUUGACCACCGACCAUUUGGUAGGAAACCUGUAGUGGGUCAGUGCACUAUUGACUGCUUGGAGCAGUUUCGCUGUGAUCCGUAUCGCAUUAACAAUGAAGUCUGCAUGUCCGCUAGAGUGGCGAUGAUAGCUGCUGCCCAUGGAGAUGUUGUCAUAGACAUUGAGGAGAGACCAAUUGUGAAAACUGACCUUCACGCAGAGAAGGAGGAGGAAGCAGUGGACUGGUGGAGUAAAUUCUAUGCUUCUAUUGGAGAGCAGGAAAAGUGUGGACCAUACCUGAAAAAAGGAUAUGACAAACUCCAGGUAUAUAACUCUGAGCUUGAAGAGGCUGCAGGGUUCCAGGGACUCACUGAUUUCUGCACCACUUUCAAACUUCAGCGAGGAAAGACUGAGGAUGAGGAAGAGGAUCCCUCAGUGGUGGGAGAGUUUAAGGGCUCAUUCAAGAUUUACCCGCUUCCUGAUGACCCAGGAAUGCCAGUUCCACCACGCCAGUUCAAAGAGCUUCCUGAAAGCGGACCUCAAGAGUGUCUGGUUCGGAUCUAUGUGGUGCGCUGCAUUGACCUGCAGCCUAAAGACACAAACGGCAUGUGUGAUCCAUACAUCAAGAUUUCACUGGGGAAGAAAACACUUGAUGACAGAGAUAACUACAAACCAAACACUCUUAAUCCAGAGUUUGGGAGGAUGUUUGAGCUUUCCUGCUUCCUACCGCAAGACAAGGACCUGAAAAUUGCCGUGUAUGACUUCGACCUGCUGAGCAGGGAUGAGAAAGUUGGUGAGACGAUCAUCGAUUUGGAAAACAGACUCCUGUCUUAUUUCAGGCCCUGCUGUGGUGUGCCAGAGACUUACUGUGUUUCUGGGAUCAAUAAGUGGAGAGACCAGCUGAAACCUUCUCAGAUCCUCCAGAAUGUGGCAAAGGUCAGGGGUGUCCCUCCUCCACGCAUAGAGGCAGAUGGAAGCUCACUUACGCUCUCAGGAAAACAAUACAACCUGCAAGAUUUUGAGGCAAACACUGUGAUCCACCAGCACUUGGGUCCAGCUAGGGAGAGGCUAGCCCUGCAUGUCCUCAGAAACCAGGGCUUAGUACCAGAGCAUGUGGAGACCAGAACCCUGUGCAGCUCUCACCAACCAAACCUGUCCCAGGGAAAAAUCCAGAUGUGGGUUGACAUUUUCCCAAAGAGCCUGGGUUUACCAGGGCCUCCAUGUGACAUUACUCCACGCAAGGCUAAGAAGUACUUCUUGAGAGCCAUUGUUUGGAACACAACUGAUGUCAUUCUUGAUGAAACAAGCAUCACUGGAGAAAACAUGAGUGACAUCUACGUUAAAGGAUGGAUGCCAGGUAUGGAGGAGGACAAACAGAAGACUGAUGUUCACUACAGAUCUCUGGAUGGUGAUGGAAAUUUCAACUGGAGGUUCAUCUUUGGGUUUGAGUACCUCCCUGCAGAGCAGCUGUGUGUUGUCUCCAGGAAAGAACACUUUUGGAAUCUGGACAAAACUGAAUUUAGGAUCCCUCCUAAAUUGAUCAUCCAGAUAUGGGACAAUGACAAGUUCUCUUUGGAUGACUAUUUAGGUUCCAUUGAGCUGGACCUUCUCAAUCUGAUCCCUCCUGCUAAGAGCCCAGAAAAGUGCAGCCUGAAGAUGCUGCCAGGGAUGGCAGGCUCUGCUAACACCAAAAAACCCCAACCCAACUCACUCUUCUCCCAGAAGUCUGUUCGAGGCUGGUGGCCAUGUGCGAUUGAGCAGGAUGGGAAGCGUGUGCUUGGCGGGAAGGUAGAGAUGACACUGGAAAUAGUUGAGGAGAGGGAGAUGCAGGAGAGACCUGCAGGGAAAGGCAGAGAUGAGCCAAACAUGAAUCCCAGACUGGACCUGCCCAACCGCCCUGACACAUCAUUCUUCUGGUUCACAAACCCAUGCAAGACCAUGAAGUUCAUAGUUUGGCGCAGAUUUAAAUGGGUCUUCAUCAUCGGGGCCAUCCUUCUGCUGAUUGUCCUGUUCCUUGGGAUCAUGUUCUACUCCCUACCAAACUACAUCUCAAUGAAGAUUGUGAAACCAUUCUCCUAAGAAGCAUACUUCCUUCUAAAGAGCCUACAGUCCUCUUCACUGUCACCAUCCCUUCGAUAUAUGUAACAGCUUCUUCAGCUCACGUCAUAGCACACUGAUCAUAAUCCUGUGACAUAAGGAGAAAUGUCGUGUCUUAUUUUUGCACUCUCAGUAUUACUUUUAUGUCUUGUGAAGCAGAUGAUCUAUUUUAUGUUCAAAAUAGAGGGAAAGGCCAGGAAGGAUAUCUAAAUAAACUGUGUUGUAUA